CUAGGAAGAGAUGAAAUGAACUUUGCACUUGCAAAUGUCACAGAAUGCAUUUUGCACAGGAUUUUAAAAGGUUCUCUUCUAAGCACUAUUUUUAGCAGCCAAAUCCGCCCCCCAAAACAGAAAGGAAAAAGCCCUAGGUAUUUUUCUGUGAUCGAUCUCAGUUUAUGAUCAAUUGAAGCAUCUCUCACAACAUUUACCUGAAGCCUGGCUUAUUUUACCUUUUUAUUAUACAAGUUGAGAUUUUUGGCGGUGGUGUGGAUUUUUUGGUUUUUUGGAUUUGGGUUUUUUGGGUUUUUUUUUUUUUUACUGGCAUGAGAAAAUUUGAGAAUUUAAUUGCAGUAGAAUACUUGGAAACAGUGAGGCUGCAAGCUUGAAAGGCAGAGGGAAGAGAAGGAAGGCUCUCACAGCAGAGCAUGGAUAGGAAAGGAGCAGUGAUUCUGCGGUGCUCAGUGUGCACAUGUUUUAUGAGAUCAGUGCCGGGCGCUGCAGCUGCGGACAAUAACUGAGCUGUCUGGCUAAUGAAGGCCACCUGGAUCAGGCUUCUGAAAAGAGCCAAAGGAGGACGUCUGAAGAAUUCUGAUAUCUGUGGUUCGGCGGACUCCUACACCAGCCGUCCAUCUGAUUCAGAUGUAUCUCUGGAAGAAGACAGGGAAGCAGUGCGGAGAGAGGCAGAGCGACAGGCCCAGGCACAGCUGGAAAAAGCAAAGACAAAACCUGUUGCAUUUGCAGUUCGGACAAAUGUUGGGUACAGUGCAGCUCACGAUGAUGAUGUUCCAGUCCCAGGCAUGGCCAUCUCAUUUGAGGCUAAAGAUUUUCUUCAUGUUAAAGAAAAAUUUAAUAAUGACUGGUGGAUAGGACGGUUGGUAAAAGAAGGCUGUGAAAUAGGAUUCAUACCAAGCCCAGUCAAACUAGAAAACAUGAGGCUGCAGCAUGAACAAAAGGCAAAACAAGGGAAAUUCUACUCCAGUAAAUCAGGAGGAAACUCUUCAUCCAGUUUGGGUGACAUCGUUCCUAGUUCCAGAAAAUCGACGCCUCCAUCAUCUGCUAUAGACAUAGAUGCCACUGGCUUAGAUGCAGAAGAAAAUGAUAUUCCAGCAAACCAUCGCUCCCCCAAACCCAGUGCAAACAGUGUAACAUCACCCCACUCCAAAGAGAAAAGAAUGCCCUUCUUUAAGAAGACAGAGCACAUUCCUCCCUAUGAUGUAGUGCCUUCUAUGCGACCGGUAGUUUUAGUGGGGCCUUCUCUGAAGGGAUAUGAGGUAACCGAUAUGAUGCAAAAAGCAUUAUUUGAUUUUUUAAAACAUAGAUUCGAAGGGCGUAUAUCAAUUACACGAGUCACAGCAGACAUCUCGCUUGCCAAACGCUCAGUAUUAAACAACCCCAGUAAGCAUGCGAUAAUAGAGCGUUCUAACACAAGAUCAAGCUUAGCUGAAGUUCAAAGUGAAAUUGAACGGAUUUUUGAAUUAGCAAGGACACUGCAGUUGGUAGUGCUUGAUGCAGAUACCAUUAACCACCCAGCUCAACUAAGCAAAACUUCUCUGGCACCCAUUAUAGUAUAUGUAAAGAUUUCUUCUCCUAAGGUUUUACAGAGGUUAAUAAAAUCUCGAGGGAAAUCUCAGGCCAAACACCUUAAUGUUCAGAUGGUGGCAGCUGAUAAAUUGGCACAGUGUCCUCCCGAAAUGUUCGAUGUAAUUCUUGAUGAGAACCAGCUUGAAGAUGCUUGUGAGCACCUUGCUGACUAUCUGGAAGCCUACUGGAAGGCCACACAUCCACCUAGCAGCAAUCCUCCUAACCAGCUUCUCACUCGCACACUUGCAACAGCCACUCUUCCUAUUAGCCCAGGUCCAAAUAUUAAUUUACAGCAGGGAUCCCAAGGAGACCAGAGGAAUGACCGUCCAGUCCCUGAACGAAGUGGUUCACAAAUUGAAGAGGAAGCACGGGUUGAACCCAUCAAGAAAUCCCAGCAUCGCUCUUCCUCAAGCCAACACCACAACCAUCGCAGUGGUGUUAGAGGCCUUUCUAGGCAAGAAACUUUUGACUCAGAAACACAAGACAGCAGAGAUUCGGCUUACGUAGAGCCAAAGGAGGACUACUCACAUGAGCAUGGUGACCACUAUGAUUCUCACAGGGAUCACAAUCAUAGAGACGAGUCCCACGGGAGCAGUGAUCACAGACAUAGGGAAUCAAGGCAUCGCUCAAAGGAGAGGGACCGCGAGCAGGACCACAAUGAAUGCAACAAACAGCGUAGUCGUCAUAAAUCAAGGGACCAAUAUUGUGACAAGGAUGGGGAAGUGAUAUCGAAAAAACGUAACGACACAGGAGAAUGGAACAGGGAUGUUUACAUCCGUCAGUAACUUUUGCCUCCGGCAGUCUUGUGUUUCCUUGAAGUCUUGUAACAAUGACCCUUGAAAAUAUCUUUGGGUUCUUCAUUGCAGAACAUAUGGUAUCCUUCUGUAUGCUGAUUUGUAUUGCUGUUGCUUGCAUAGCAAUAGCAUGAAAUAGAAUAUUCAUAUACUUAUUUUUUUGGUUAGUGCUAUACGAAUUAGCGUAGUACAACUGCAGAGUUCCUGAUGUUGUACUAUGCCAUUUUUCAAGCUGUUUUUUGGUAGCUGCCACUUGAACAAUAUCUGUUGCCAUCAAGGUGUUGUUAGUGUUUUUUAAAAAAAGGUACAUUUGGUGUUUAAUAACUUCCCGUGUAUUCAGCAAGCCAGAAUCAGCACAUAAAAAAAAUCUAAAACUUUUUGUCUGCUCUGACUUUUAAUUUGUAUACACUUGAUUUGCAUAUUGAUUUAAGAGCCACUAUCUGUUGCUUGUACCUCUGGUGGUCUCCGUUUGAAGACAGAAUUCAGUCUUGCCUUACACACAGGGGAUCAUGAAGUCAAAAUCUAUUUUCUAUGUACUGGUACUGUGUACUGUAUAUACAGUUUAUAAAUGUUAUUUCUGCAGACACCUUCUUACUAUAUAAGUUUGAUCACACUGUUUUAGAGUCCUAAUGCCAAGUCAGCAGAUUUGCUUUUGAAUUACUGGCAACUGGAACUAGCCUCAUUUAGGAAAUCUGCAACAGUGUUCAAUCUAAAUACUUUUUCUUCUGUAGCAGAAAGCUUAUACUUAAUGUAAAUACGACUGAGUGCUUGAGAUAAAGGGUCUAACUCUUACACCUUAUGCUGUCCUUGCAAACCCAAUUUUGCUCUUUGAAUUUAUGGUAAAGAGAACAAACUUACCACUAUAAAUUAUUCUUCUCCGUACAGGUCACAAAACUGCAAUGGACACAGCUUAGUUCUUGUUCUGUUGUCAGAAUAAUAGAGCACACAUGAGAGAGGUGUGUAUGUGAGUGGGUGGGUGGGUGGUGGAUGGGCGUACGUGUGCAUGUGCACGUUAGGCAGCAAAGUGCCAGAAUCUACUGACGAAAACAAAGGUUACUCAAAAGCCCAACAAGUCUGUUUCGUCGUUCUGACUAUUAAUUUAAAAAGCCAAAUUGCAGUCAGGGAAUAUGAGGGAGUUUACUGACCCAGGUAACUGAGAAAGCAUAAAUCUGCUGGCUCUUUGUUGAGACUUCAGGAGAGUAAAAGCAGGCAAAUGUUACUGUGAGUGUGUCACUGGAAAUGUAAAAUCUUUGUGUUUAGAGUAUUUGUUUUAGUAAGAAAAGUUUACACAGCUUGUGGAGAGUUAUUUUGUUGGAAAAUAAAUUUUUGUAGCUUCUCCA